AUGGCAAUUACAGAGUGGAAAAACCAAACAAUCAUCACAGAAUUUAUUCUCCUAGGAUUUGAAACAUCCCCUCAGUUUCAGCUUCUUCUCUUCCUGGUGUUUCUUUCCACCUAUAUCAUUACCAUGGCUGGAAAUAUCCUAUUAGUUGUACUAGUUGUUGCAGACCGGCAUCUUCACAAACCCAUGUACUACUUCCUAGGGAAUCUGUCGUGCUUGGAGAUCUUCUACAGUUCAACCAUCCUACUUAGGAUGUUGGCCAGCCUCAUAACUGGAGAGAAGAGACUUUCUGUUGAUGGCUGUAUUGCACAGUUUUACUUCAUUGCUUCACUGGUAUCUACUGAAUGCUGUUUGUUAUCUGUAAUGUCUUAUGAUCGCUACUUAGCAAUAUGCAAGCCUCUUAACUACACUGUCCUUAUGCAGGAUGGAUUUUGUUUCCAUCUGGCAAGUCUGUCUUGGUUAAGUGGAUUUCUAGCUAUUGCUAUUGUCAUUGUCUUAAUAAUGCAAAUAACUUUCUGUGGACCCAAUGAGAUCAAUAGCUAUUUCUGCGAUUUUGGGCCAAUGCUUAAACUGUCCUGUAGUGACAUAAUUCUGCUGAAGAUUGUGGCUUUUAUAUGCUCCUUCACAUUUUCCCUGAUUCCAUUUCUCUUGACCCUGAUUUCCUAUGUUUAUAUUGUUACCACUGUCCUAAAAAUCCCAUCUACUGCUGGAAAGCAAAAGGCCUUUUCUACUUGCUCUUCCCACCUUAUUGUUGUGACCUUAUAUUAUGGUACCCUAAUUGUUGUGUAUAUGAUACCAGAUACCCCAUCAUUGAAUGAAACAAACAAAAUUUUCUCUCUGUUUUAUACUGUCUUGACUCCUCUAAUCAACCCCCUCAUAUAUAGCUUUCGAAACAAAGAGGUAAAGGAAUCCAUGCACAGACUUUCCAGGAAAUGUUUUUCUCUUGUGAGUAUAUAG